AUGGAAAGGUAUAGAUAUUCAUCAUUUUGUUAGAAUAGUUCCAUAAAAUUAUUCAUCCUCUACCUACAACAGAGCUAUUUAUAUUGUGGUUCUUAAUAUUUUUUGCUAAGACAUCAAUAACUUACAUCAAUUUAGUUUAUUGGUCAGUUUUUUCAAUCUAUUUGCAUUUGCUCAUUAUUAUUCAUAAAUGAAUCUAGGUCUCUUUUUUGUGUAACUUAAUGAAAAAUUUGAACAUAAUUCUUCCUUUUAUUGA